AAAGAAUGUCAACAAAAAGAUUGGAUUCAACAUAAAUUUGAAUGUAAAAUUUAUAAAAAAAAAUUCGAUCAACUCUAUGCGAUUGGAAAAAGUGAUGAUCUAUAUUUUCGAUUCGUGUUACGAUUAUAUCUGUACUUGAAACACAAUUCAGAAAUUUUUUACGAACGACAUAAAUUAUUGAACGAUGAAAAUUCAGCCGUUUGCCUCGAUGACAUCAUCAAACAGAAUUUUCCCUCGAAAUAUGAUCCAAUGAAUUUUUGUCGUUUUACAUACAUGAGAGAACGAUUUUUAUUGCUGAAAAUAGAAUACGAUCCGGUAAGAAUAGCGUUAUGUCAUAAAAUAUUUCGAGUUUAUGGUAUCGAAAUUUUCAAUUAUGAAAUGAAAGAAAUAGGCUUAGGCCUCUAUAUUGCAGAAUCACAAUUGAAGCAUUCGUGUUUAUCGAAUGCUAAAACAUUGUUCAAUGGAUCACAAAUUGUAAUGCGUGCAACUAGUCCGAUUAAAUCUGGUGAACAAAUUACCGUUAAUAAUUUUACAUUUUUUAAGGCAAUGUUAUUGUUUGAAUCGUGGACAGAAUCAAUUAUGUUUAAUAAUUUCUCAUAUAUAUGUAAAGAAUGUGUAAUAGAAAAUCAAAUUCAUUCAAUGAGAGAAUUUCUACAAUUAGGCUCUCAAAUAAUGUCUGUAGAUUUGGAGUUCGAUUUGGAGGAAAAGUAUAGAAUUUGUGAAAAAUUUUUGUCAAUGAUAAACGAAUUCUGUAGUGAAUGCCAUUUGGGUCUAAUUUUACACAAAAUUUUAAUGUUGGACAUUUAUGUUAAUAUUCACGAUGAUGCUAAAGAAUUAUCCGCUGCCGAACUAGCAAAACAACUUAAAAUCACACUACCGGCUGUUUAUAAUGAAAUAUUCGAAAAUAUCUAUUUUAAUCGAGAGGAAGAAGCAGAUGUUACCGUUAUGAAAGCAUUGGCAAAUAUUGAAUUUAAUGUCAAAAAUUGA